AGAAGAAGAAGAAGACGAAGACAUCAGCCGGAGCAGCAGAGAACAGCAGCAGCAGCAGCUAUGGCUAAAAGUGAUGGAGCCACUUAUUUUCAGCGAAGCAGCCUGUUCUGGAUCGUCGCCGUGACCCUGGGGGUUGGAUAUUUCACCUGCGUUGUGUUUGCGCCAGAAAAAAUCCCAUUCGAGUACCUCGGUGUGUUCGGCAGCUUCUGCAAACACCUUGUGGAUAACUAUGCCGACGUGUUGUACAAAGGUUGGUGGGCAACCUGGGCCAUUCACCUCUUCGAGGCCUGUAUUGCACUAAGGGUGUGCAGUCACAAAGGUAUCAGCAACGGCACCACUCGCUUCAUGUGGUUCUUCCAGACCUUUCUGUUUGGCUUCGCCUCCCUCAGCCUGCUCCUCAAGUACGACCCCGAGCGUCCCAAACAGCACUGAUGCCAGCAGGAGAAGCCUUCAGAACAACACAACUGAAUCUAAACAAUCAAGUGCUUCCUGGUGCCUCUUCUUUCUCUUCUGCUCUUUGAUAUGAAAUCCUGUUGAGGGGCACCGAGCAGAGAUUUUUCUGAGCCUUUUCUUCUACAGAGUCUAUGCCGACAAGAGCAUUAAUAUAACAACAUAUCUUUAUACAGACACUACACAUUUUCUUACUCAGUUUACACUAUGAUACAACCUGUGUUCCUAUGAUGGACCAAUAUUUCCUUCCAUAUAUUUUCUAUGAACAAAUCUGAAGGAGGAUCGUAGUGCUUUUAAGAAUAAUAUUUUAUUGAUAAUCUUAUUAACAGAAGUUAUUUACACACAAUAGUUCUCGUGAUGAUCCUGCCCUGAGGUGAACUUUCAGUGCAAUACACAGGGAGUUUUUAAUGAAUUAGUUUUGUGCUCUCAUGUUUACAUUCAGCCUGGAUUGGCGGCAGUGAGGAUAUUUCUUCAGCUGCUAGGAUGAACAUAACGUCAGACAGGUUGGCUGCAGAUGGUAUGCUGCCAUCAGCUUCAGAAGUCCUCCAGGAUAAAAAUAAAAAAAGAGCUGCUGUCACAUUUGCCUUUCUCAUGCUGAAGUGAUUUAACUUGUAGUUUCUAGACUACAUGCUGGAAGUCUUAAUGUUAACACUGAAAAAUAAAGUGUGACUUGAAGUGA